AUGGGCUUCGACCUGGGCGUCGUCCCGUCCAACCCGGACGGCUGGGGCCCUCCUGACGUCCCGGUGAUUCCGCAGUCCCUGGGCGGCGGCGCCUCCAUCCCUUUCGCGCCCUUCUCCCGCUCCGACAAGCUGGGCCGCAUCGCCGACUGGACGCGCAACCCCGCCGGCCCAGCCGCCUUCGCCGCGGCCUCCCGGGACUCCGUCUUCGACUUCACCUCCGCGGACGACUCGCUCAUCGCCGGGGCCGAGGACUCCUCGUUCCGCCUCGUCGACGCUAAGCCGCCGCCGCGGCCGCAACGGUUCGGCCCCAAGUGGCGCUUCAACCAGCGCCAGCAGCUCCCGCAGCGCCAAGACGAGGAGGUGGAGGCGCGCCGCCGCUUGGCCGAGAAGGAGCGCGCACGCCGCGACCGCCUCUUCCAGAACAACCGCUCACAUCACCACCCCAACUUCCGGUUCAACCAGCCUUUGAACUCGGCCAAGCCCUCCGUCGACAUCCAGCCCGACUGGACCAUGCGCGAGCAGAUCCCCUUCGCCAACUUCACCAAGCUCUCCUUCUCCGUCGCCGACCAGCCCGAGGAUCUCCUCUUAUGCGGCGCCGUCGAGUUCUACGAUCGGGCCUAUGACCGUCUCAACCCCAAGGCUGCGCGCCGUCUCGAGCGCUUCAAGUCCCGCAACUUCUUCAAGGUCACCACCACCGACGACCCUGUCAUCCGCCGCCUCGCUGAGGAGGACAAAGCCACGGUGUUCGCGACUGAUGCCAUCCUCGCCGCUCUCAUGUGCACGCCCCGCAGCAUCCAAUCAUGGGACAUGGUCGUCCAGCGCGUGGGCAACAAGCUGUUCCUUGACAAGCGUGACGGCUCCCAGCUCGACCUGCUCACUGUCAAUGAGACUGCGCAGGAGCAGCUUCCUGAGAACAAGGAUGACAUCAACUCAGCGCACUCGCUCGCUGUUGAGGCCACCUACAUCAACCAGAACUUCUCACAGCAGGUGCUGCACCGCAAUGGUGAGAAGGUUACCUUUGACGAGCCCAAUCCAUUUGCUUCUGAGGGCGAGGAGGCAGCAUCUGUUGGCUACCGCUACCGCCGCUGGAAGCUGAAUGAUGAGAUCAGUCUGGUUGCUCGCUGCGAGGUGCAUGCUGUCAAUGUUGAUCCAAGUGGUGGUCGCCAGUUUAUUACCCUCAACGCCCUAAAUGAGUUUGAUCCAAAGAUUACUGGUGUUGACUGGAGGCAGAAGCUUGAGAACCAGCGUGGUGCUGUCCUUGCUACAGAGCUCAAGAACAAUGCGAACAAGCUUGCUCGCUGGACUGCCCAGGCUUUGCUUGCUGGUGCUGACAUGAUGAAGUUGGGCUAUGUGUCACGUGUGAACCCCCGUGAUCACUACAACCAUUCUGUGCUCACUGUGAUGGGGUACAAGCCAAGGGAUUUUGCCGCACAGAUCAACCUCAACACUGCAAACAUGUGGGGAAUCGUCAAGUCAAUUGUGGACAUUUGCAUGAAGUUUGAAGAGGGCAAGUAUGUGUUUGUGAAAGAUCCAGCAAAGCCACAGGUGAGGAUCUAUGAGGUGCCAUCUGAUGCGUUUGAGAAUGAUUAUGUUGAAGAGCCACUUCCAGAGGAGGAGCAGGUUCGCCCACUUGGAGAAGUUGAUGCCACUGCAGAGGAAAUGGAUGCUGUUGCUGAGGCAGAAGCCAACAAUGCAUCUUCUGCUAAUGGUGGUGAGGGUGAGAAGAGUCCAGAUGCCACUGUUGCUUGA